CGUUCUGCGUCAUUCGCACUUGGCUUGUAACGUGGUGUGGCAACAAAGUGUUCGGAAGUUGACUCUAAAGAUUUAUAGUGUAACUUUAACAAUUUUUUGUGUUCAUUGAGUGAGAAAUGUCGAAAAACGAGGAGAAGUUUGACGGAAUGCUGUUGGCGAUGGCCCAGCAACACGAGGGUGGCGUAAAGGAGUUACUCGACACAAUCUUCAACUUCCUCGCGAGGAAAACAGAUUUCUACACGGGAGGAGGCAAGGGAGCCGCGGAGAAGCUUGUCAUGGGUACAUUCAAAAAACACGAAGCCACUGCCCUCGCGAAUGCUGCCAGUGAAAAAGCGGAACGUGAGGAGCAAGAGAAACGUCGCAAGGAGAGAUUAGAGAAAAAGAAGAAAGAAGAAAAGGCUGAAGAAGAAAAGUUCAAUAGUGAGAAAAUCGUUGAGUUGACUGAUGAACAAGCUACCAAGCUACAAGAAGAAAUUGAUCACAAGAAAUCAGUAAAGGAAACACCUCAGAGUGCAGUGCCUGGGCCAAGUGGUGAUAAUGCAGACAAUCAGAAGGAAGGAGUAGAUGGCGAGGAAGAAGUGGUGGACGAUGAGGAAGAAGAUGAGAAGGAAAAGGACAAGCUAAGGCCUAAUAGCGGGAAUGGAGCCGACCUGCCUAACUACAGAUGGACCCAGACACUGCAGGACUUAGAAAUCAAAGUGCCCUUGAAAGUGAGCUUCUCGGCCAGGCCCAGGGACGUGACGGUGAACAUUACGAAGAAGCAUCUGACCUGCGGCAUCAAGGGUCAACCGCCGAUCAUCGACGGCGACUUCCCGCACGAGGUUAAGAUCGAGGAAUCGACCUGGGUGAUCGAGGACGGGAAACUGUUGCUGAUCAACUUGGAGAAGGUGAACAAAAUGCAAUGGUGGGCACACGUAGUGACCUCCGACCCGGAGAUAAGUACGAAGAAAGUGAACCCGGAGCCGAGCAAACUCUCCGAUCUCGACGGUGAGACCAGAGGCCUCGUGGAGAAGAUGAUGUACGACCAGAGGCAAAAGGAGUUGGGCUUACCGACUUCCGACGAACAGAAGAAGCAGGACGUGAUCAAAAAAUUCAUGGAACAGCAUCCAGAGAUGGACUUCUCCAAGUGCAAGUUCAACUGAAGCUGAUGUGGGACUGAUAACACGGAUGCAAAAUGAAAUUUUGUUCGGCUGUGACCACAACGUCGAUUUCACACGAACGAUGUGUCAUGAAAAUAAAAUUUACACGAAGAUGAAUCGUUCGCGUGAAAUCGCGUUGAUUGUGCCCACAGCCUUAAAUGUCUGUGACGUCUCGACGUUCUCUGCACCUGCCUUCGCGAAACGCGUUCGUUGCCAGUUUCACCUAGCCUCAAAGGUGGCACCACGAUCCAAGCCAUAGAUCGUGAUCGCGAUCGACAGAAAUCUUGCUUUUCUAUGUCCCCGUUUCCUUUCCAUUUUUUCUUCGAUUCCGGAAGCAGGUACGUCGUCGAGUUGCACAAAAUAUAAAUAUUAUAUAUAUAUAGACAUAUAUAUAUAUAUUAUGAUUUUUUCACAUUAUGUUUCACAAAUUA